AUGAGUGUUGUUCAAUAUCCAGACGCCAUUAAUGCCCCAGACCUUCAGAUAUGGAACAAUGCCGCCUUCGACAGUGGAGAUAAAGAUGAAUCGGCUGCCAUGAACACUUCUUGGUGUUCCCUGCAAUCCAUCUCCAUCGGUCGUUCGGAAUCACAAGAAUCUGAUUCCAGCAAAGAAAAUCUUAGUCCUGAUUUCUGCAAAUCGAAUGUUUCUUUGAAAUCUUCAAGACCCCUCAAGCCCCUUCAACAAAACGAUGCCAAUGGAAGAUCAGAAGGGAAGCCAUUGAAGCUUCUCUUCAAACAGGGUAUUCUUCUUCCUUCCCCAACUAUACCUUCCACCAAGACUGAAAAUGAAGUUGCCCGUGAUGACAGCAACAUCGAUACUGAGAUCGAGGAGAUUGAAUUGGAGAUCAGUCGUUUGACAUCCAAAUUAGAAGCACUGCGCCUUGCAAAGACAGAGAAGAAUUUGAAAACCAUUGAAAGGCGUCGAGGGACCGGUCAUGCAAAGUUCACGGAGGAGAAACAGAACUCAAAGAAUUCAGCCACAGCAAUAAAGAUCGAAGAGCCUCCAGCAACGACCACCGGUACAAAAUUCCGGCGCAGGGGCGUCAGCCUGGGUCCAGCGGAGGUCACCGCCGGCAUCAGUUCACGGCAGACGGGUAAGCUAGAAAUAACCCCUAUUCAAUCAAUACAGAACCGCCGGAAAUCGUGCUUUUGGAAGCUUGAAGAUAUCAAAGAAGAGGUGACGAAGCAGAAAAGACGAGGCUUGAGUUCAAGCCCAAAAUCACGCUUGUCUGUUUCCAAGAUCCAAGCUUCCAAACAAGCAUUGACGACUGUAGGUUCAAAGAAAUAUAUGAAACAAGAUGAUGCAGUCAUGUCAUCGAUUCAACCUCAAAAGCUAUUCAAAGAAGGAGAAAAAUCUGUUGCCUCCAAGAAACCGCUAAGACCUGGGAGGGUUAUAGCAAGCCGUUACAAUGAGACUCCCGCGAAGUAUACUGGAAAUUCCACAAAAACUGAUCAGAGGAAGAGGUCCUUGCCUGAGAAUGACAAAGUCGACACUAAAAGAUUCGAUAAGAAACGGUUCUCAGUUGGAAAAUUGCAGGGAUUUCAAUCUGAACCAGGGUGGAAUCAAGUAAGCGAAAAAAAGGUGAAGAAGAGGUGGGAAAUUCCCAAUGACGCUGCAAUGGAUCUGAGUAAUAGUCUGGUGAAUGGAUCACAACUUUCCGUUCUGAAAAUUGCUGAUUUGCUCCCAAGGAUCAAGACCGUACGAUGCACUGAGGAAAGCCCACGAGAUUCCGGACCUGCUAAGAGGGUAGCAGAGUUAAUUGGGAGAAAAUCAUAUUUCAGCACCGAGGAAACAGAUGUAGAGACGUCAGUUUUUCAAGCUUUGAGUUUCGAUGAAGAGGGCGAAGAAGAAGAACUAAGUGGAAAAUAA